GAAGCUUGUAGCAAUGUUUCUAUACACAGAAAUAUCUCCUUUUAUUUUUUCAAUUUCUGUUUUUUUGAUUUGGAUAUCAUUCAAGUGGAUUAGUUCCAAGUCUAAAAACAAAAGAAACUUACCACCAUCCCCGUGGAAGCUCCCAUUCAUUGGAAAUCUCCACCAGCUAGGAGGGAGCCUCCAUCUGUCUCUCUUGGACUUGGCCAAGAAACAUGGUCCACUUAUGAUGAUUCAUCUUGGUAGCGUGCCGAUGCUUGUAGCCUCGUCUGCAGAAGUAGCUGAAAAAAUCUUGAAAACCCAUGAUUUAGUCUUUUGCAGUAGACCCCAUUUAAAAAUCCCUAACGCAAUUUUCUAUGGUUCCAAGGAUAUAGCAUUUUCUCCAUAUGGAGAGUAUUGGAGACAGUUGAGAAGCAUUGCAGUACUCCACCUUCUAAGUAAUAAACGAGUUCUAUCAUUUAAAAAAGUCAGGGACGAAGAAACGGCUUUGAUGAUGAAAGAAAUUGGAGAAAGUUGUGGUUCUAUAGUUAAUUUAAGUGAGCUGAUAGUUUCGUUUACAAAUAAUGUGAUUUGUAGGGUGGCCUUGGGUAAAACGUAUCAUGGCUUAAAGUUUAAGAACUUGCUGGCACGAAUGAUGGGUCUAUUAGGAGUUCUUAGCAUUGGGAGUUAUAUUCCAUUGUUGUCAUGGGUUGAUCGUUUGAGUGCUUUAAAUUACAGAACAAACGAAGUUUGUAGAGAGUUGGAUGAGUUUCUUGAGGGUGUGAUUGAAGAACAUAUAACUCAAAGAAGGGAGACAAAUGAUUCAGUUUGCGGAAGCGAUGAAGGUCAAGAUUUAGUAGACAUCUUGCUUGAUGUCCAGAAAGAAAAUGCAGGUGGCUUCAUCGUUGAUAAAGAUUCCAUCAAAGCUGUCAUAUUGGACAUUUUUGCUGCUGGAACUGAUACAACAUCCACUAAUAUAGAGUGGGUUGUUAGCGAGCUAGUAAGACAUCCACGAGUGAUGAGAAAAUUACAACAAGAAGUAACAGAUGUAGCAAAUGGAAGAUCUAUGAUUUCUGAGGAGGAUUUAGACAAAAUGAAGUACCUUAAGGCUGUCAUCAAAGAGACGCUUCGGUUCCAUCUUCCACUCCCACUACUUGUUCAGCGAGAAACCACUCAAGAUGUGAAACUUAUGGGGUAUGAUAUUGCAGCACGUACACCGGUGGUUGUAAAUGCUUGGGCGAUAGCAAGAGAUCCUGCAGUGUGGAAAGAACCAGAUGAUUUCAAGCCUGAAAGGUUCUUGAACAGUUUUAUUGACUAUAAAGGGCUCCAUUAUGAGUUCAUUCCAUUUGGCGCUGGCCGGAGAGGGUGUCCGGGCAUUCAAUUUGCUAUAGUAGUUAAUGAGCUUGCUUUAGCAAAUUUGGUAUACAAAUAUGACUUGGCAUUGCCAAAUGGAAAAGGAGGGGAAGAAUUGGACAUGAGUGAGAUGUUUGGGAUUACCGUGCAUAAGAAAUCCCCUUUGCUACUUGUGGCGACUCCUAGAUUUUAGUCGUUACAUGUAAUUUAAUGCUUUAAGAAGCUAAACAUCUCUAAUCCUCUAUCAAUACUAAAUAUCUUUAUCUUAUGUAUUUGUA